AUGUUCUCCCUACCGAAUCGCCCUGACUGUCUUCCUCGGAUCGAAAAGGUCAACGCCCAUCCCUUGGUGUCUGGGAAGUCCGGACCCGUGUACAUCGUCCAUGGAACUAGCAAUCGGGACAAGUGCAAGACACUUCUGCAAUCGUUACGCUCUGUCAAGAUUCCCAAGUCAUCGAACGAAGCCAGGAAAAACGGUUGGCUAAUUCUGGACCCCGACGACGAUCCAAGAGUCAUAUGGACAGACGACGACCGUGGGGCUCCGGACUGUAUGAAGCUAUGGUUUCUUUCCAAAAAGGAUUGUACUCCAGAAGAAGUUCAGGGAGCUGAACAGCUGGUGCAAGAGAUUGUUGGCGACGUCGACGAGAACGGAUUAACGCAGUAUGAGCGGGAUCCCCGAUGCUCGUCCUCGGGGAAAGGGGGUCGGUGUUAUAGCCUUUCCACGACACACCAGGACAACAAGGAUAUAGAGGCUCCCUUCAAGGGAAGGAAGUGUUUCGGACGGCCCUUAGACGGUCAUGAUAAGAUUACGAAGAAAUUGUUGGAGUUCACUAGCUACCGCAGUAUGCAAUGCCUCGAAAAGGGGCCGGCGGCGUUCGUCAACAACAUAAAAUCCAGGUCCGAAAUGGUGAACCUGCCCAGGAUUGGUCAUGAGAGCAAUACCGCCUUCCCCGCCUUUCAACUCAACAUUGCGACCGCCGAAAUGCCCGGUCAAACAAAUGAAACGGGUGGACUACGCGAAUUGGGAACUGCAGGAGAAGUACAUGGCGAUAUCAAGGAUUGUGUCGGAGGGAUAUCAGCGAUCACCUGCUACUCCGAGGACAGACAGGACGUCGAAGAAGAUGUGUUGUACUUCCUCGAGCUAGGGGUGGGGUUCAUCCUUCGCCGCCUCGUCACAGCUUGUUUUUCGGGGAUGAACCUUCAUCGAGGCUCUGCAGUGCAGUUCAAGCAGAGUGCCGGCAACCACCCUCGCCGACACUUUCGUAUCGUUGCCGUCGGCUACCCCCCUAUGCACCACUUAGAAGCUUCCAGUUCAUCCGCCUUGGCUAUGGUCCCUUCCACCAAACGCGAAGGCGGCGGCGAAGAGCAUCCCAAAGGGUCCAAGCAUGUUACGACGGAGGUUCUCAAGCUUUUUAAAGAGAUGAAGCAGUUCAGGAUCCCUGACUUCCCUGCAUACCGCCCCGAGGCCCAGGCCACCUACCUGUCGCAAUCCCGUGCCAUAUCCACCGCAAUGUCCUACGGUAACCAUGCAUCCCGAAGCAUUGUCACCCUCGUAUCCUAUCUCAUUUCACAAGUCGACCCCUCUUUGCAAAUGCGCUUCGACAGAGACCGUCUGCUGAGCUCGUUCAGCUGGGUAGUCCCUAAUGAGGAGAUGGGCGAGGCCGGUGGUUACGUUAGAGUGUGUGCGGACCCUUGGACAACGGGCCCUGGUUGGACCGGCGAUGACGUUCGAAUUGGAAAGAAAUACGAGGAUACGUUCGACGCCAUGUCAUACGAAGAACUAGUGCUAAAACGGAACACCGAUGCUGGGGGAACUGUGCCGUACGGUAACCAGACCGCAGCUGCCGUCGACAGUGCUUGGAAUCGCCAGUUGGACGACAUGACCCCGACUUUCCCAGUGUGCGUGCUUUCAGGGGAGACGGAAGGCCAAGGUAGAGGCGCAGCGCAACGCCGAAAAGGUACAAUCAGACGGCUCACCAACUUUAUGCGACAAGUGGAUGCAGUUGUCGAACAGGACGAGCCUGAAGGACAACAACUCGAAGGUACACCAGAACAAGACGAUCGUGUCGCGCUACGAUCCUCGACACGAAUUCGGGUUGCACCUCACACGCAAGAUACCAUCGUUACGCGUUCACCGUUGACCAAGAGAAAGCGCGAACCAUCGCGCGGUAAAGCUCCGAGGAAGAAGGGCAGGUCGGACGUUGCGUGUAGCAGUGACAGGGACGAAAGGGAAGGAGAAGGUACUGGCGACGAAGACGAAGUGACUCAAUUCGAAGGUCUCCUGUCUACGUUUACUCUGGAUAGCCUACAGAGACACCGUGUCGAAGCUAUGGACAUUGUCGAACACCUCCAUUCCACUCCCCCCAACAUUUCCAGCAACAUGUUCGAUGACUUACCUGGAAAGGUCACGGAACUGUGUGGCACAGGCCGAGUCCAUGAACUGUGGGGAAUGUCAGCUGCCCUCGAGAAGCGACACUCAGCGUCAGUACUAGACCUUGUCGAGGAGCGAUCCAACAUCAUGGCAAUCAACAUGCUGGCAUGGGAGUGGCUGGACGGUUCCUUAGAGAAUGGGUUGAAGGUUCGAGGGUCUGCUAACAACACACAUUGGACGGCGCAACUCUUUCGAGCGAUAGAAAACAUUCACCUUACCCCCGACAUGCCCAAGACGUUGAAAGCUACAAUAUGCUUCCCGACCAUGGUCGACGCUCCAGAUUUCGUCCAUCAGCCUUUGUUGCGCCGACGAUACUCACCCAUGACCCGGGAAAAGCUCAAGGACAAAGCGGCCGACAUUGUGAGGACGUGGUUCUCGUACCCCAAGAACGAAUACCAUCGCGUGGCUGCACAAUUCACCCGGAAACUUGUCGACGCUAGUGGGCCUUUCGUUCUGCUUUACCCACCAGUUUGGGAUGCAUACACCAACCUUCGCAGAGGGAUGGCUAUUUCUUCUCGAGCCACGGUCGGAGAAGUCGAGCGUUGGGCGAGGGAAGAACUACGACGGGCCUCAUUUACUCGAAAAGGGUCUGCAGAGCGCAAGCUACUUCGAUUCGUUUGUUCUCUGUACGGACAAGCCAGCCCCCUUCUCGAUGAAUCUUCUCUGGACGUAGUUCUCUAG